CCUCCGACUUGAACCUCAACCACUACCUCGCGCAGCUUGCGAUAUCAGAGACCAUGCCGACUGGUCCUUCAACUGCUCUUGUCUGGUGCCCAUGUGCAAAUUGUGAGUGCCGUAACUUGAAACAGGACUCCCAAACUGCCGACAAUCAUAGGAAAGCUGAGGUUGAGAAAGCAAGACAAGCAGGCUUUCACCAAAGGAGACGAGGGAAGGUGUUGAAUAAGUCAUUCUGGAGUACGCGUCUGACAUCGUCACUGAGCAAAAGACAAGUAUCGUAGCUUCAAGCAAGUCCUACCAGUCACCUAGAAGCCCAGGACAAUGUACAGGUCACUGAAGAUGACAUGCUGGAUUCAUUUGGCGACUAUGACCCUCACCAGUUCAGUCAAUUCGACAGUUCGGAGUCUGAAGAUUAUGAGGACAGUUUUGGAGAUGACAAAGAGGGCGCUACCUCUAGUUCUGAUGAAGAUGGCGACUCAGGUAGUGACAAAGGAGAAAACAUUGCUGACGAGACACAUUUCAGAUCAAGUGGGACGCUAUUCGAUUCCUCGCAACCUGGUAAUGCCUUUGUCAGUGAACACGAUUUCGACUUUCGUGAACUGCUAUGGGCGUUCGAUGUCCAUCCCUCCAUACGACAUGCAUACAUACGUGUAUUUUCGGCUGCUGCUUUCGACAACAUUGCUCACAAGGCGGCCGCUUCGAUGCUACAGGGUUAUCGUAUCAUUCAACAUCCACAUGAGCUACGAGGCUUGAUUUGGAAGAAGUAGAACAGGCAUCGGGAAUCUGGUAUUGUGAAGCAGAAUGGACACGGAGAAUUGGAUCCAUGUUUGGCGUUGAGGGUAUAUGUUGUGAUGGUUGAUGCAUAAAGGC